CUCAGCCAUGCGUAUCUUGACCCUCACCCUCCCUUUCCCCAAGUUGGUCGGCUCGUUCUCAAUACAUUCGCAAGUGCCCUGGAGACUAAACCACCUCCAUAAAGGGGGGACACACACAGGUGAGAUUUACUCGUCUCCUUUGCAUCUGUCUCAUUGUAAAGGAGAAUUUGAGAGCGGAAAAACAGAAGGGUUUGCGCACCAAAGAAAGUCUUCCUAUGAUGAAAGUACGCCUCAGCAGUUGUGUGUCUCCCCCCUCCUUCGAGGUGACUUGGUAGUUUCCGUUGAUUGGGCGAGGCACCAGCAGCAAGAGCUGCACCUGAAGCGCACGGAGUCCAGAGCGGAGCUCGGCGCCGGACGUGAUAGAAGCAACUUUGAGCGGGUGUCCGUCUGCUCGUGAAGGGCAGUAGAAGAGCCCACGAAGGGAGUAGACUGAAGUGAAGGAAUCGGCAGGGUACUUGCCUCACCCGCCUCCUCUUUGCUUGCGGACCACCGGCUCUUUAAGUCUGCGAGAAGGGGGUGGAAAUGGAGACUCGGCCGGCUCUUCGGCCGGCCGUGCUGCCCUUGCUAUGGUUCUUGGGUAGCGCCUGGAUCUCAGAUCCUGCUUCUGCGAUGCAAGUCACAGUGCAGAACCCCUUCAAUGUGGUCAUCCUGUUUCAACCUGUCACUCUCCAGUGCAACUACCAGACUUCGUCCACCCAGCCACCUAUUGUCUUAUGGAAGUACAAGUCUUACUGCCGGAGCCGCCUGGCAGAUGCCUUUAAUCCCAGCAGCCAGGAAAGCCAGAUUACUAAUCAGCUGCAGCAGAACAACCCUGGUUACAACCCAUACGUGGAGUGCCAGGACAAUUCCAGGACGGUGCGGGUUGUGGCUACCAAACAAGGCAAUGCAGUGACCCUUGGGGACUUCUACCAGGGCCGACGCAUCACCAUCACCAAUAAUGCUGACCUCAGCAUUGACCAGACAGCUUGGGGAGACAGUGGUGUUUAUUACUGCACAGUGACGUCUUCUCAGGACUUGCAAGGCAACAACGAAGCCUAUGCUGAGCUCAUUGUAUUGGGCAAAUCCUCCGGUGUCUCAGAGCUUUUGCCAGGCUUUCAGAUAGGGCAUAUGGAAGAUUGGGUCUUUGUCGUCCUGGUGGUGCUUGGGUUCUUUCUGGUCUUAAUGCUCUUUGGGAUCUGCUGGUGCCAGUGCUGCCCUCACACGUGUUGCUGCUACGUCCGAUGUCCCUGCUGCUCAGAGAAGUGUUGCUGCCCUGAAGCACUCUAUGUUGCAGGUAAAGCUGCCACUGCUGGAGUCCCCAGCGUUUAUGCACCCACCAUCUAUGCAUCCAGCAACCACCUGAAGCCAGGGGGUCCAGCCACUAUGAUCCCCAUGGGCCCUAUAUCUCCUGUGUACAAUGGUUAUGGAGUGGAUUAUGACAGAGCCAGUUCAGUUGGUGGAAACAGCUCCCAGGUGCCCCUUCUGAGGGAUACAGAUAGUGCUGCAAAUGCUGCUGUGCGCAGUGGCUACCGCAUCCAAGCCAACCAGCAGGAUGACUCCAUGCGGGUGCUCUACUACAUGGAAAAGGAACUGGCCAACUUUGACCCCACCCGUCCAGGGCAGCCUGAUGGGAGGCUUGAGAAAGCCUCAGGAAUGAGUGAACUGAGCUCUCUGCACGAGGAUGAUCGGCGAUAUGAGCUGCGACAGGGGCUGGGGCGGUUGCGAGGUCAGGCCAUGUCUCCUAUCAGCGAUAUGGAAGAGGAGAGUAUGCGGAGCAGUGAGAACAGGCGCUUGCUACCCCCCUCACGGCAUGACCACUAUGAGGACUCUCCACCAAGGAGUUACACUCGACGCCCACGAUCCCGCUCAAUGGAUGCUCUAGAUGAUUUGGACCGGGACCGGAACCCCUACCCUGCCCGGCCCAGAAGCCGGGGCCGCCAUGGCUCAGAUGAAGAGUGGCAUCGCUGUGACUAUUCCCCAGACUCCCGCAAUGACUACGAGCACUAUGGUGGACGGCGCAGCCGGAGCAGAGAUGACCUGCAGGACCUGGAGCGAUCCCACUACGAUGACCGGCUCCUGGAGGAAGCAUUGCGGAGAAAGCGGGCAGGCGGCCGCGAGGACCUGGAUCAUGCAAGUGCCUCAAGUGGGAGAUCUGGUAACAGGAAAAACAGAGAUGAUGGCUUUCCACCACCACCUCCACCACCUCCAUACACGGAGACAGAGUCUGUUUCUUCCCAUGGCAAGAAUGACCGCAAACUCCGGAGGAAUCAUGCUGUCAGCAGGGAGAGUUUGGUGGUUUAACUCUUUCUUCUUCCAUUCCUCUAUCUUGGGUGGAUGAGAGAGGCCCUGUGUCUUUGACAGUUAUAGCCUUGGCUUAUUGGCAUGAGUUUUAUUCACAAGGACUCUACAGCAGAGCAAGCGGAGCUUCUGUACAUCCAACUGUCAACAGGGAACGACUACCUGGAUAACACUUGAGGAACUGACCUCUCUGUGCCUUAUUUUUAACUUCAUUGCAUAUCAGCUUUUUAAGGAGUUUGGAUGUCUAGUUUGCACUACAGGACAACUUUUAAGAUCCUUUUUUUGGUGCUCCUUUUAAAUUUCAGGCCUAGAUUUUUUUUAUGUACUGAGUGGACACUUGAAUAAGAUCGUCCAGUACUCGAAAUGGAAAAGAGUGGUCUUAUUCUGCCAAAGGGAGAUCUUCUUGUCUUUCUUUCUAAAUAAUUUUGAAGAUUAUUCCGAACAGGAUCCACUCAACUAUAUACCUUUUUUUAUUUAGGUUUUAAAGCUGUUUAAACACAUCUUAUACUUGAGCUUUGUGACUUUGUGUGUGUGAGAUAUUUCCCUUUUUAAACUAAGUACAGACUGGUGGUGCUGUAAAUAUUAUAAAGCAGGAGUGGGAAACCUGUGGCCUUUCCAGUUGUUGGUGGACUACAACUUCCACGAUCCCUGACCUUUUGCCAUGCCGAUUGGAGUCUGACUAUAGGCUCUCCAUCCCUGUUCUAAAGGAUAAGUGGCCAAGCUUUUCAACUUGUAAUUUUUUGAGAUUACCAUUUUAUAGAAAUGAAAAUAAAAUGAAUAGAAUUGAAA